CCCGGGCACUCUCUCUGCCACCGACGAUGUCGACCGCUCCCGACGCGACGACCGCACCGCCGCCAGCGGCGCUGCUGGUGCUGACGCCGCAGCUGAUGACGAGGCUGAAGCCCGCAAAAAUCUUCAAGGCCGCGGUCGAGCAGCCGCAGGCGCCACCGUCCCCGGGCACGUCAGCAUCGCGAUCGCCCAACGCGGGCCCGAAACAUAUCACUGGAGUCAGCUUCGACGAUAGGGGAGACCAGGUGGUGACGGCGGCGGAGGACGAGACGUUCCGCCUGUACAGUUGCAAAAGCGGCAAGCAUCUGAAGACCUUGUACUCGAAGAAGUACGGAGUCGAUCUGCCGCGCUUCACGCACAAGAACACUGCCAUUGUGCACGCGUCGACGAAGGAGGACGAUACGGUGCGGUACCACUCCCUGCACGACAACAAGUACCUGCAGUACUUCAAGGGCCACAAGGGGAAAGUCGUGUCCCUCGAGGUGUCUCCGAUCGAUGAUGGGUUCAUGUCCGGCUCGAUGGACAGGACCGUGCGUCUUUGGGAUCUACGCACACCGACCUGCAGAGGCCUUCUGAACCUCCCUGCUUGUCCCAUAGUGGCGUACGACGCGUCGGGGCUCGUGUUUGCCGUCGCAGUCAAUGUGUACUCCCGUAUACUGCUGUACGACCAGGCGAACUUCGACAAGGCACCUUUCCUCGUGGUCACGCUGGAGGACCCGACUCUGGCGCUCAUCAGCUUCCCUCCACGCGCAAUAUACAUGACCUCGCUUUCAUUCUCGACAAACGGGAAGUACUUGCUUGUUGGCUGCUCCGGCGACGCGCACUACAUUCUUGAUGCCUUCGAAGGACAUCUGCUCGUGAAGCUGGAAGGCCACGUCGGGCUAGAGCGCAGGAAGCUGAGCACGCCACUCAAGAUUGAGCCUGAACGAGGGUGCAGUGGUGAGGAAAUCUCGUGGACACCGGACAGCAGAUUUGUCAUCAGCGGGAGCGCCGAUGGCAAAGUGGUUGUAUGGGAUGUGCAACACCUUCCGGUCAAGGAGGGACCGAUCAAUCUGAAGGAUGUGCCUACGCGGUUGAAACCUGUGGCAGUUCUGGAUGGGCACCCUGGCCCGUCCAGAUGCGUAAGGUUCAACCCUCGUUUUGCGAUGAUGUGUACGGCAGGCGCCGAGCUGGCAUUCUGGCUCCCAGACCACUCCGGUGAUCCCGACGAGUUCGCGAAAGAAUUCCUACAGAAAAAGAUGGGGGCUAGCUGAGGCCAACCAUGAUUGUGACACUAUCCUAAUUUAUGUAUCUCUCGCUGAGCAGUCGGUUUUGUCGUGAUGUAUCAUAUAGGUUCCACUCUGCUGGAAAGUCAAUGUCUGCGAGUUGGCUUCAUUUCA